GCGGGGUGCGUACUUCCGGCUGCCGGGUUGACAUGAAGUAACAGCGGCUCCUAGGGCGGCGGUAGCGGCUGGAGUCACAGCUUGGAGUGGGCCUCAGGGCUCAGAGCGAGAGGCAGCCUAGAGCGGCAAGCGGUGUAGCUGGCCGAGGAGUGGAGCGCAGUAGCCGCCCUGGCCCGUCAUGGAGAUGGAAAAGGAGUUCGAGCAGAUCGACAAGGCCGGGAGCUGGGCGGCCAUUUACCAGGACAUCCGACAUGAAGCCAGUGACUUCCCCUGUAAAGUGGCUAAGCUUCCUAUGAACAAAAACCGAAACAGGUACCGAGACGUCAGUCCCUUUGACCAUAGUCGGAUUAAACUACAUCAAGAAGAUAAUGACUAUAUCAAUGCUAGUUUGAUAAAAAUGGAUGAAGCUCAAAGGAGUUACAUUCUCACCCAGGGCCCUUUGCCCAAUACGUGCGGGCACUUCUGGGAGAUGGUGUGGGAGCAGAAGAGCAGGGGCGUGGUCAUGCUCAACCGAGUGAUGGAGAAAGGGUCGCUAAAAUGUGCACAGUACUGGCCAGAAAAAGAACAAAAAGAGAUGAUCUUUGAUGACACAAAUCUGAAGUUAACAUUGAUCUCAGAAGACAUCAAGUCAUAUUAUACAGUACGACAGCUAGAACUGGAAAACCUUACAACUCAAGAAACUCGAGAGAUCUUACAUUUCCACUAUACCACAUGGCCUGACUUUGGAGUCCCUGAGUCACCAGCCUCAUUCCUGAACUUUCUUUUCAAAGUUCGCGAGUCAGGGUCUCUCAGUGCAGAGCAUGGCCCCAUCGUGGUGCACUGCAGUGCUGGCAUCGGCAGGUCGGGGACCUUCUGUCUGGCUGACACCUGCCUCUUGCUGAUGGACAAGAGGAAAGACCCUUCGUCUGUGGACAUCAAGAAAGUGCUGCUGGAAAUGAGGAAAUUCCGGAUGGGGCUGAUCCAGACGGCUGACCAGCUGCGCUUCUCCUACCUGGCUGUGAUCGAAGGUGCCAAAUUCAUCAUGGGAGACUCCUCGGUGCAGGAUCAGUGGAAGGAGCUUUCCCACGAGGACCUGGAGCCCCCACCCGAGCACGUGCCCCCUCCUCCCCGGCCACCCAAACGAGUCCUGGAGCCACACAAUGGCAAAUGCAAGGAGUUCUUCUCAAACCACCAGUGGGUAAAGGAUGAGACUGAGGAGGAUAAAGAUGGCCCCAUCAAGGAAGAAACCAGAACUCCCUUAAGUGUCCCCUACAGCAUGGACAGCAGGAGUCAAGACACUGAGAUCAGAAGUCGGACAGCGGGUGCAGGUCUGCGAAACACCCAAGCCGCCUUCCCCGCCCAGGGCCAGGCGCCCCCCAAGGAGGCGGAGGAGCAGGAGCACACACUCCCGCCCUGGAAGCCCUUCCUGGUCCACGUGUGCAUGGCCACCGUGCUCACGGCCGGAGCGUACCUCUGCUACAGGGUGUGUUUCCACUGACCGAGGCGAGGCGAGGCGCAGCGAGCCCGGGAAGCACUGGCCGCAGCCCGGUGUUCGGAUACACCGGAUACACCGGAUACACCGCUGCAGAGCGUCUGAGCCAGUGUCAGAAGGCACGGAUCAAAGGUGUUUCAAGUCUGCAACUGUGGAAGGGCUAAAGAGAGAAGUAAGGGUUGCUGCACUGGGGUUUUAAGGAGCCCUGUGGUCCCAAGAAUAUAAGAGUCUAAUCUCAGGGCCUUAACCUAUUCAGGAGUAAGUAGAGAAAAUGCCAAAUAUGUCUCUCUCUCUCUCUCUCUCUCUCUCUCUCUCUCUCGCUCUCUCUCUCUCUCCCCCUCUCCCUCUCUCCCUCUCUCCCUCCCUCCUUCCCACUCUCUUCUUCCCCACCUCCUCUUUCUCUCUCUGUCCCUUUCUCUUUUUUUGUUGUUCAUUUGUUGUUGAAAAAAUAGAAUUACAACACAUUGUUGUUUUUAACCUUUAUAAAAAGCAGCUUUUUGUUAUUUCUGGAAAAAAGACUAGGCACUUACAAAACUUUCUUGUACCCUUACUAGGUGGUGUAAUGAGAUACACAAUUUAUAUUUGAUUUCCCAGGGAAAGAACCCCAAACUUUUACGAAUGUAAACUUCCUUGGAGAAGAGGGUUAGGACACUGCGGGCCCCUCCGCCGCGCACCCUGAGCCUAGACAGUGCCUGUGAGCUUUCCUUUUCCAAGAAGAGAACACCACAGGGCAUCUCUAGAAAACAGAGUGCAGCUUCCGCGUUGCUCAGGGUGUCCCUGCUCAUUUCCCCACCGAUCCCUCCUUGUGACAGCCUUCUCACUCAUGCACCGGCCCUCACCACCAUUCCUGCAGGCCCCUGCUCGGAGUCAGGUUCACCCCAGGCUGGCUGCUGGCAUUUCACCCCAUGGUUUCCACUUCAUUUAGAGAAUAAGUGCCAUUUUGGUAAAAAUCCACACUUUAGAAGCUUGCUGCUGUUACAGGAUGGGGAGGGCCGGGGUAGCCUUAGCAACCAUGGAAAAUGUCUCACAGGGCUUUUUUCAUCCAUUGAAAUAUUUACCUCUUUCCAGGUGGCCAUCUUCCAGUGUGUCGGAUGGUUUAGGAGGAGGCAAACAUUUUUUCCUUAGGGGUGAUUUUUGGGGAAGAGGUCAUUGGAAAAAAACCCCAAUUCCCCUCAGCUAGUGGCUCCCUUGGAGGUGGGUGUGGCCGGGGUCAUGCAUGAGUCACAUGCCUCUGCCGCAUGGGUCUGGGCUCAUCCGAAAUGUUUGGUUCCAUUCCAGUUCCUGUUCAACAGCAACACUUAACCUGACCCUCCCCCACCUCACCCAGUGUCCGGCCCUGCUCCCAGGCAUGCCGUGGUAGGUAAGGGCCGCUGGGCAGCCAGCGUAGAGAGCCGGGCCUGGAAGUGUACGCUCUGCACUCAGACCCCCUCUCUGGGCGGUGUGUCUCCCCCUUCUCCUUUUGCUUCCCCUCCUCCUUCCAUGAGACCCAAAUCCACAACCACUUUUGGAAAGAGCAAAGAAGACCGCCCUGGUGGCACAGCGGGUGGCGGCCCUCUCAUCUCCGGCUCUGCCCAGCUGAGCACUCCCUGUCGGUGUGUCCUGGAGGGCUGCACACCACCUUUCCCCCAGAGGUCUCCAUGCUGCGUAUGUGGACUAAGCCUCUCCGCUCUUUAUUUAUUUUUAAUUUUUUCCCCAAGGGCAUCCAUACUGCACUAGCAUUUCCUUAAGCCAAUAAUGUAUUAAAAUUUUUUGAUGUCAGCCUGCAUCAGGGGCUUUAUCAAAAAGUACAGUCAUAAAUCCUCAGGUAGUACUGGGAAUGCAAGACUGCCGUGAGCCUGCUGCGUGAGCCCAGUGCUGGGAAGGAGGAUGAUUGUAAGCAGUCAUUGUGUAGCAAUGUUGUGGGUACUGUGAGAAGAUAGAACAAUGCUAUAAUAUAUAAUGAACACUUGGGUAUUUAAUAAGAUACACGAUGUGGGAUGACUUUGUCCCGGGUCUUCUCCUCCCCCAUUAUCCACUAGGACCUUGUUCUCAAUCACCACUUUCCCUGUGUGUUAGAAUGCAUGUACAGCCUUCUGUGUCCCCGUGAAAUACCACGUGCUUGAAACGAGAGACUUAGGGUCCUGCUUACUAAUGGGCCCGUGUCCGAGUCCGGUCCCCUCUGCAUGAUCUGACCAUCACAUGACUGUGGUUCCUAAGGCUGUUGCUGAAGUAACCGCCAUUCCGCAGGACAGCGAUGAUGAUUUCCAGUAGCACAUCAUGGCUUAAUUCCUGCCAUGACACUCUGGUCACUUCCUGGUGAGGCCCGGCCCGUCCUGUCUAGCCGGGUUCGCUGUAACAGACAUUCCAAGGGUAUGGCCAGCCAUAUUCACACCUCACGCUCUGGACAUUCAGGCAGACAAGGUCCCCGCCCCGCCCCUGGGAUGGGCCUCUUCCACUCCAAGCCUGUGCUGCCCUGGAGCAGACUGUGGUGUGGAGGCACCGCAGCCACGGGAACCCCCUCCCCGGGACAGCCUGGGUGAUGGUCCCUAGAGUCAGCCUGCGGCCUCUCGUGUCCGUCCUAGCUCACCUUGCCCCUAGUGUCUGCCUGCCCUUGAGCCCCAUGGGGACUGACGGUGCUCACAACUCUUCCUCAAGAGGAACUUAAGACCUCCACAUUCGGUGGCUUUUUUAACAAGAAACAAAAAGGCAGCUGUAGCUCCCAAGCUGCUCUCUUGCCAGCGUUUUCACACUUUGCCUUUCACGUGGGAGAAGCCAGUACAGAGCGAUUCCGUGGCAGGAAUAUUUGAGGUGCAGCCAUGGUGAGGUGUGGAUACGGCUUGCUGCCGGGCUGUGAGCAGUUUUGAGUUGGGCUUGUUUUCUUAGGGUCCUGUAUCUGUGUGUAGUCGUUUGGGUGUGGAUAUAACUUUCCAGUGGCUGUCCUGGUUUCAGCUCCUGUCCUUGGGGGCAGGUGGCUCUCCAUCUUGUCAUGCAUAUGUUAGAGAGGUAGCGAGCUGCUCUGCUAUAUGCCUUAAGCCAAUAUUUACUCAUCCGGCCAUUGUUUUUUACAGUGGCCGCAGAAUAAACCAUUUUUACAAAAAUAAAAACAAAAAAAGUGAGGUGUUCGGUAUAAAUACCUUUUCAGGUGUGUGUAUAUGUGGAUGCAUGACCGGUGGGUGGGGGGCGUUCUCAGGGUCUUCUGUGACCUCACAGAACUGUUAUACUGUACAGUUUUCCAACUUGCCAUAUCAAUGAUGGGUUUGCAUUUUAGUUGCAACAAUAAAAACUUUUUUUCUAAA